AUGAAUCAAGAUGCACCAACCCCAACGAGCAGCGUUCUGCCGGAUGCUCAAAUGUUGGACACAGCAGCAGAAUUGCCAGUUCUAGACCGAGACGGCAAAAGCCAUCGUUUCGGCGACAUUUACCAAGGUUCCACCGCCGGUCAAAAGGUCAUGUUCUUCUUAAUCCGACACUUUUUUUGUCCUGGCUGCCAAGCAUACAUUGCACAAGUUGCAAAGUCCAUCAAACCAGAAGAGCUCGCAGCCCUUCCCACAAGUACUUCCAUGAUCUUGAUAGGCUGCGGCGCCCCGGCGUUGAUCGACUUUUACGCUCAAGUCACAGGCUGGCCGUAUCCCAUAUACACAGAUCCCACAAACAAACUACAGGAAGCUCUAGGGUGCAAACGAAAUAUUGCGCAGAUUUCCACCCCCGGAACAUACAUCCAGAAGAGCGUUCCAUCAAUGUUCCUGCAGUCUGUGGGACAGCUAGUUUCGCAAGUCUUCAAGACAUACCAGUUCCACUACCCAGGGGACGGUAGAGUAAACGGUGGCGAAUUCUUCUUUCAGCCUACCCCAAACGACAAUUCAGACAACGCGGAAAGCGGCAAACACCCGCAGAAGCAGAUAACGUGGUGCAACAUAAUGAAAGGCGGAGGUGAUCAUGCAGAACUCCCUGAGCUUCGGGAAAUUCUUGGCCUGUCACCCCCAGAGCGACCCGAUGGAGUAAGCUCCGAAGCAUGGGCAAAGGUGCUGACCGAGCGGAAGGGAACAAGGCGAAUUUGA